UGCCGUGCGCAGUGGGCUAAAAUAUGACGCCGUAAGUACCGUAAAUAUCGAAUGCUUUCCGACUAUUGAAUUCUGCUUUUCAGUUGAGCACACUACGUUUACCUAAUCCGAAAUGAGGAGCUUUAUUCAAAUGAGGCUAACAUGAAAGGAGAUCCUUAAUCCUGGGAGCAACAUGUGGUGAUGGUUUUUGUCCCGGAAUCUGGGAUUGAAUCUCAAGAUAAUUUGCGGAUUUUACCACCCUGACCUGUUGUCUGUGAGAGUUUGGGAUGUUUACGUCUCUCGACAGACGAGUGUUGCGGGAUCCUGUGACCGUGAGGGCUCACUUGGUUUUCGUCAAGCAGGGAAUUUGACAACAGAUUUUGCAGACAAGGUUUGACCUCCGAGAGCUCAUCAGAUAUUCUGGUCCACAGCUCAUGCGGGGGCGGUGCAUACAAACCACAGCGAUCUCUUGUGUGGCAGACGAACGGAAUAAGAACUGAAGAAGAGACAAAGUCGCUCCUGAGCUCUUGACGCUUUGCUCUUGGGUUAAUUGGUAAUCAAACUUGACCUGACAAAAUGUCUGCCGACGGAGUGGCACUUGACGGCCCCUUCGCGAACCAGACUGAUCCAGGGAGCGAGACGGCGGUAAACAACACGUCGGGCAGUCUGCUCAACCCGCUACUCAUCAAUCCCAGGGUCAACCUGACCAUGAACAUAUGGAUGAGCGUGUUUGUUGUGAUCAUGAUGCUGUCUCUCGGCUGCACCAUGGAGUAUCACGUCGUACUGCAGCACGUUAAGAAACCGUUCGGGAUGUUUAUCGGAUUUUUGUCGCAGUUUGUGAUCAUGCCAGCGCUGGCUUACGGGAUGGUACACGCGGUAGGACUGGGGGGCCUCUCGGCACUGACCGUCCUGAUCCUUGGCUGCUGUCCCGGCGGAAAGGUGUCCAACAUUCUGGCUCUCCUGGCAGCGGGCGACAUGAAUCUCAGUAUCUGCAUGACCGUGUGUUCCACGACGUUGGCGAUGGGCAUGAUGCCGCUGUGCCUGUGGCUGUACGGGCGGGAGCUGACGGACUCGCACACCGUCAUCCCGUACGACUCCAUCGGCAUCACGCUGGUCUGCAUCAUCGUGCCGGUCGCCGUCGGCGUCUACAUCAAGUACCGGUCAGACAGGGCGGCGAAGAUCAUCCUCAGGGUAGGGGGCGUGAUCGUGCUGCUGCAGCUGGUGAUCGGCAUGUGCAUUGCCGUGUUCCUGUGGGGGAUCGACCGGCUGUUGUCCAUCCCGCGGACCCUGAUCCUGGUGGCCGUCGUCAUGCCGUUCUGUGGCUACGUCCUGGGCUACAUCAUGGCGUCCAUCUUCCGCCUUCCCCACAACUGCCGCCGCACGGUCUCCAUGGAAACCGGCUGUCAGAACUCCGGCCUCUGCAUGUCCAUCCUCAAGCUCUCGUUCCCUGUCCAGGAGGUCGGCACGGUGUUCUUCUUCCCGCCGCUGUACGCCAUCUUCCAGACGGUGGAAGCCUUGAUCUUCAUCGUCCUGUACCACGUCUGGGCACGGAAAUGUGGGAAAGAGAAGGGGGAACUGAACCUGCUUGCCGCUCUGAAGAAAAAGGGCCAACAUGCUCAGAACGUCAUGAAUGAUAGAGACCACCAACCGAACGGCGGUCCACCGGAGAGGUCCACGGACUGUUCGGACCUCGCCACGCCGGUGGCAGUAAGCAGCAGUUCUGCGGACCACAACGCCAGUGGAAGGAGGCUGACAGAAUGGGAAAGCAUGCUGUAGACGUUUUUGCUCCAGUGCUGAAAGGAGUUCAGCACUGGAGACCGAGUGCUGUGACAACGUUCAGCACUGGAAUUCCAGUGCUGAGGGAGCUUC